UUCCUUAUAUAUUCUUAUUCCUCACUCUCUCUUCCCAUUAUUAUCUUUGCAUUCUUCUUUAGCCUUCUCCAAAAGGCUAUUUUACUUUCAACAAACAACAAUAUCAUUCUCUGUUCAAUGUCCUUUCAAACUCUUUUCAGCUGUGGAAUCAACAAAAAUCAUCAGCAUUUCUACCAAACUGACUUCAUUGAUCAUCAGCUUCCAACUACUUCUCUUUCUCACAACAGGCUCAAGGAGUUGAUUCUCCAAAUUCUCUAGCCAUUAUUUAAAACCAAAAAAAGAAAGUAUCAUCAUCAGUGACGGAUAUAUAGUAAUAUUCUUUAUUCAAAACAUUUUGGCGAGAUUUUGAAAUAAUGGAGAAGAAAAUAUUGUUUGGCAAAUAUGAAACAGGGAAGGAAUUAGGCAAAGGCACGUUCGCCAAAGUUUUCCAUGCAACAAACCUAGCAACAGGGGAAAAUGUGGCGAUCAAAGUGAUCAAGAAAGAAAUAGUCAAGUCACCAGAAAUGAUGGAGCAAAUCAAGAGGGAAAUCUCCGUUAUGCGCCUCGUUCGCCAUCCAAACAUUGUCGAGCUCAAAGAAGUCAUGGCAACAAAAACCAAGAUCUUCAUUGUCAUGGAAUACGUAAAGGGUGGCGAACUCUUUGCAAAAGUAGCCAAAGGAAGGCUCACAGAAGACGUGGCUCGAAAAUACUUUCAGCAGUUGAUAAGUGCUGUUGAAUUUUGCCACAGUUGUGGAGUUUCUCAUCGUGAUCUCAAACCAGAAAAUCUUCUUCUUGAUGAGAAUGAGAAUUUGAAGGUCACUGAUUUCGGCCUAUCGGCUUUACCAGAGCAAUUGCUUAACGAUGGCCUUCUUUACACUCAGUGUGGAACUCCUGCCUAUAUUGCACCUGAGAUAAUAAGAAACAAAGGAUAUGAUGGUGGCAAGGCUGAUAUUUGGUCAUGUGGAGUCAUAUUAUAUGUUCUUCUAGCAGGGUGUUUGCCUUUUCGAGAUUUUAACCUUAUGAAUCUAUAUAGAAAAAUUUUCAAAGCUGAAUAUAGGUUCCCCCCAUGGUUAUCUACAGAAGCAAAGCGUUUAAUAUCUAAAAUAUUGGUUCCUAACCCACAAAAAAGGAUUAGUAUAACCGGAAUAAUGAAAGAUCCUUGGUUUAGGAAAGAUUUUACAAUGCCAAAUGGAAUUUCAUCAAUUGAUCAUGAACAUGAUACAUUUUCCAUGUUAGAUAAGUUUGGAAGAGAGGAAUUAAAGCAUGGAGGGAUGAUAAAAUCACCAUCCUCCCCAGCCUUAUUGAAUGCUUUUGAAUUAAUCUCAUCAAUGUCAGCUGGAGCCAAUUUAUCGACUUUGUUCGAGAACAAGAAGAAGACGGAGUCCAUUUUUACAUCGAGGUGCUCGGCCACUAUUAUUAUGGCCAAGAUUCAAUUAUUGGCCAAUAAGUUGAACUUUAGGGUUGCAAGAGUCAAUGGCUCAACCUUGAGGCUACAAGGUCCCUCGGAGGGCCGGAAAGCGCGAUUAUUGGUGACCAUCGAGGUGUUCAAGGUGGCUCCAGAAGUGGCCGUGGUUAAGUUCUCAAAGAUCUCGGGUGACUCACUAGAGUACACAAAGUUUUUUGAGGAGGAGGUAAGACCAUACUUAAAGGAUAUUGUUUUGACAUGGCAUGCAGAGGAAGUGCUUAGUGCUUGUGAUAAGGAGGAUUGCAAAAUACCCAUGAAGUGUGCUAGUAGCAAGGAUUUGAGCCAACAUAAGUUAGAAGAAAUUGACAUAACUACAAACUUGUCAUCCAGCGUGUGAAAUGAACAUUGUUUAUAACUCAACUAACAAUUGCAUGCAUUUGGUUUGUAUAUUAUCAAAAUAUUGUGUAUGUUGUAAUGGGGAAGGGAUACUAGAUAUCUUUUCAUAGUGCUAUUAUACUCCCUUCAUAAAAUUCCUUCAUUUGUUUGGUUUUGAUUGAGAAUUGGACUGCAAUAUUGUUUGUGAUUUUUGAAUGAGAUUGAUGUACAAAGAAAUUAGUUAAGGCUUU